GCAGGCACUAAUUUCUCCAAUUAUAGAUWAACUUGUGUAAUUUUAUCAAGCAAAACCUCAAACGCUUUCGAACCCGGUCUUGUGAAUAUUCAUCAUAAUGGAGUUUCAGCUAGAGACGGGAACUCAGAUAAGGACAUUCCAUCGAAAAAAGUUGCUGUUUUGCGGCAUUUUUGUGGGUAUAGUUGUAUUYYUCAUUGGUUUUKCUGUAGGUUACUUGGUGUUUAAUCGAAUUCCUUCCAAGUCAAAUCCUACUGUGGCURAGACAUCACAGGACAAGAAAAAUCAAGAAAUUCAAGAGGAAUUUCUGCGAAAUGUCGAUGCAGAAAAUAUAGGUGAAAACCURAGAUACUUUUCCUCGCAAGUUCACAUAGCUGGCUCAAAAAGACAAAAAGAGCUUGCAGACUUCUUAGCUGAGAAAUGGAAGGAAUAUGGAUUUGACGAAGUGGAAAUGCCCGAGUAUAAAGUACUGCUGUCUGAACCACAGGAAUCCCAUCCUAAYACGAUUACAGUGAAUGGACAAGGGUUCGUUGACUAUAAAAUCGAAGGAAAAAUUAAGAUAUACCCUGAUCCAAGAGUGACCAAGACAGUAGAUUUUUAUCCGUUUUUUGGAUAUUCCCCAAACAAGACUGUUGAAGGUGACUUGAUCUACGUCAACUACGGUCUUCAAAGUGAUUAUGAAGAAUUAGAAAAGAUGAAUGUCAGUGUAGAAGGAAAAAUAGUCCUGUCAAAAUAUGCAUUUGCUAUAACAGCAGCAGGUAAAGGGGCCGUUGGCUUGAUAUCGUUCCCAGACCCUACCAGSAACAGUCCUGACGGCAUUUCACGUGAGGCCACAUACCCAAAUACCCCAUGGCUGUCUCAAGAUGCYAUACAACUUCAAUCAUCAUUCAGGAAAUCUUAUGUCGGGGACAAACUCACCCCGGGUAUACCCGCUAAAGAAUGGGCAUUCAGAAAGCCGUACCGCAAUGAUAGCAGUUUCUUGAAAAUACCGGUGCAACCAAUCUCGUAUGGACAGGCAAGAGAGCUKUUAAAGCGAAUGAAAGGCCACAAGGUUCCUCCGAAAUGGCAGAUUCCGCAGUUCAACAUGACUCUAAGRACAGGAAUAGGAUUUAAUAAUGACACCCUGAAGGUCAAACUAGAAGUCAACACGCAAACAAAGCUCAUGUCAAUCUACAACGUCGUUGGAACAAUCACCGGAAGUGACGAACCAGAUCGUUACGUCAUCGUCGGAAAUCAUCGUGAUUCGUGGGUACUCGGAGCGGUGGAYGCACUAAGUGGUACAUCCACGACCCAUGAAAUUGCUCGAGUUCUUGGAAAGCUAAGAAAAUCUGGUUGGAGACCGAAGCGAACUAUCAAAAUUUGCAGCUGGGGAGGGGAGGAGUGGGGGCUAUUUGGUUCGUCAGAAUGGGUCGAGCAAAACUCUAAGAUACUGACUGASCGAGCUAUUGCGUAUAUCAAUUUGGAUAUCGCUGUACAGGGGAACUUCGUACUGCGGGCUCGAGCAAGUCCACUUUUCAAGGAAAUCACGCACAAAUGGGCGAAAAAGAUUCAAGAUCCAAUGUCCACAAACGGGAAAACAACGAUGUACGACACUUGGUUGAAAAAUACACCAUCACCAUAUUUCAAGGGAGAGCCUSAACUUUUCAAUAACUUUCGUAGCAGCGAUUACGUCAUGUUUUACGACUAUCUUGGGAUUCCCUCAAGUGAUUAUGGGUACUGGUUCGGUCAUAAAAAUGAAUCCACUAUGUACCCUGUAUAUCACACCACGGAAGACACUUUUUAUUGGGUGCAAAAAUUYGUGGAUCCUGAGUUUAAGGUGCAUAAGGCAAUGACGCAGUUCAGUGGGGGUCUAAUACUUGAUUUAUCUGACUCGAUAUUGAUACCAUACAAUGUUUACGACUUUGCUAAAGUUAUAAACAUYUCUUAUAAUAUUCUAGAUGGCUCACAUCUUAUGAAGUCGGAUGUCUUCCUAAGAGAAAACAUGAAAUACCUAUCUGACUCUGUACAAGAAUUCUUAACUCAAGCAAAGAMGUUUGAGCAAACAAGAUCAARAAUUACUGCUAAGARCUCAAAGUUACAAAUACGCAYGAUCAAUGAUAAAUCUGUUGGCGUCGAAAAAGCAUUUAUUGCACCUGAUGGCUUCCUAGGCAAACCAUAUGAUAGACACGUGGCUUUUAAUUUCGGGUUURAKAAUGUUGAAUUUGUACAAGCUACAUUUCCGGGGUUGACAMAUACCGCUUAUGAAGCGCUUGAUACAGGGAACUGGGAACCAGUUMGACAACAGCUCUCAUUGGCUAUUCAYUCAGUGCGCAUGGCAACAAGYGUCAUCAAACCUUGAAAAUAGUAUUUGUGUCCGUUUGACAAUCAUGACAUUAUCAAGUCUGUGCGCUUCUUUGCCACAAAUCCUUUUCUUCGAUCUURUGUUGCCGUGACGCACAAUCGUCCGCGAGUGAGUUUUGCAUAUUGCAAAAUAUCUCUCUCGGUGUAGAAUUAUCAAAAUGUCGUUUGGUUUGUUAUGAUCGAAUGUAUAAAUGUUAGUGAGCUCACUUGAUUAACUCAAAAUAUUUGUUAUUAUUUUCAAAUGCCAGACAGUCAAUGUUUUUGUUGAGUAAGGCUUAAUUGGCUUUGCCGACAUUGAAUGGAAACUGGGAAGGAAUAAGAAUGUAGUCUACAAGAAAACUGAACCUCACCGUAUGAGAUAAGCUAGGAGAGUACCAUAAUUAUUUUCAGUUUUUAGUCUAUUUGGAUGAAUAUUCACGUUGAAACGAAUAUUUGAAACUUUCA